AUGCAGGAGUUCAAGUGGAACAGCUGCAUCCGAUUGCUGGAAGCCUUCCGUCGCUGGGGCAUUGUAGAUCCAAACCUUACAGAGAUGGUGCUGGCACGGCUGCAGGACAUCCUUCCGGACGCCACCACGCGAGAUCUGACGAUGCUGCUGGAGUACCUCUGCCAGAUGGGCUUGGCUUGCCUGGAGCUCUUACAACCACUCUGUCAGAUGGCCUUCAGUAGCUUGUGGCUCUUUACUCCGCAGCAGUUGGUGUCCAUCGCGCACUCUCUCGAAACGUGGAGUUUCAUGGCGACGCUACGACUUCGUGGCACCUUCAUCGACGUCGAGGAAGGAUAUGACGUCGAUUCAGGGAGGUCCAGGAGCUUCUCACCCGCACGUGCACGAACAGAAGCAGACGUCAAAGAGUCUGAGUAUCUUGCGACCUUGCUUGGGAGAUCCUGGGCAGAGGAGUUUCGUUUUGCUCCAUUUCCAGAGAGCGAGACCGAUGUGAAUGAGGCUGCCGAGGCCGAGCCAGACAAAAAGCAAGACGAGGAGGCUGCGUUGAGCCCCGGCAGCAUUGGACAUCCGGUUCUUUGCUGCCGCCCAUGUGUGCGCUUCUUCAAAGGGGAAUGCAAUCUUGGUGCCAAUUGUGCCUAUUGUCACCUUCAGCACCAACAUUUGAAGCUCGCUCUCGACAAGAACCAGCGGCAGUACUUGCGGAUGAUCGACCUGGGUGAGCUGGUGGCCUUGUUGCUGCCACACAUCCACAUGGCCAUCUCGGCGGUUCCGGACUUGUCAGCAGAACUCGCUGACCCUUUGGUCAAAACGCUCCAAUCGAAGAUGGUGGAUCCUUUCCCGCCGAUGUGCAAAGAUCGCUGGAAAGCCCAGGAGUUCGAGAAAUUCUUGGGGCUUGCCAGGCUGAGAUUCUUGAGCCCAAAGGAUCUCGAGGAGCUCUUGGAGGCGCUGCUGCCACACGUGGGAAGGCUCAGUGAUCCAGAGGUCUCGAGGUUGCUCUUCGCGCUGGCGCUCAGCAACCCCGAUUGGCAGGGCAAGUGGCAGACUGUGAAGCAAGUGCUCGCAGCUCAGUACGUGGCUGGAAGCACCCGGAACUUGCGUGCAGAUGUGUCGGUCGCUUGGGCCUUUGCGGUCCUUCAGCUUCCUCAAUACAUGCCAGACGUUCUCCGGCUUUUGGACACUCACGCGACCUCCGCGGUGGACGUGCCACGAAGCGUCCUGGUGAUGCUGCACGAGGUAUGUUCCUAUGUAGCUUGUCAUGGCCUGCACUCUGAGCUGGCCGUUCAGUGGCGUUCAGCGGCAGAGGAGGCGAACAAGGAGGAGGUGGAGCGCUGGGCACGUUCGGGGUCGCCCCUGCGGGCGCAGGUCGCGCGGUGGUGAAGUCGUGCAACGACGAGAGUGGUCCAGGGCGCAGCUGGUCGGGGCUUGGUCUAUUUUCCGAACCGAUCCCAGGGGAACGCCGGCCCGGAGGUCUCACUUCGAAUACACACCCAUGUGACGACCCGAG